AUGUGUUUCUCAUCAAUUAUUGGUGAUACUGGUGAUGCUGAUAAUACUGGUAGUGCUAGUGAUACUAGUGAUGCUGGUAGUACUGAUAGUGCUAGUAAUACUGGUGAUACUGGUGAUACUGGUGGUACUGGUGAUACUA